AUGAUAGGUGAAGUUGGAUCUGUUGCCCUGAAUGAUGAGAACAAUAUGGAGCAUGACCAUUUACAACAUGGUAUGCAAAUGAAUGCAGAUGAAAAUGAACAACCUGAGACAAAUGGGGUGGAAGGUGAACCUCGUAGUCAAGUAAGAAAAAUGAUUUCAAUUGAUGGCAUACAAGACAUGGGUAAUGUGAAUUUCAAGAUCUUAAGCAGCACUGAAGUGAAAGACUAUGACUUUCUGGAUAGAGAUGUUGCAUUCACCUUUUACAAUCUCUAUGCUAGGAUGAAUGGAUUCUCAGCACGUAGGGGCAAGGUGUGUCACAAGCAAGGGCAUAAAGUAGACAAAUUUGGGGAUUUAAGGACUCGCAAACGUGAACCCAAGAGGGAUAUAAGGUGUUUCUGCAAGGCUGAAUGUCGGGUGCACAUGGACUAUGAUACUGGUCGAUGGUAUGUAAAAUCUUUUGCUGAUGAACAUUCUCAUUUAUUGUACAUGGACAAGCAUGCAGGCUUGCUAGCGCGCCAUAGGAGAAUGAAUGAUGCUGAUGUAACACAGUUGAAGGACAUGAGGAGAGUUGGCAUCUCAACUCGUCAUGUAUUAGCUUCCUUAGCAAGUCAGAAGGGUGGAUAUGAAAAUGUAGGGCACACGAUGCAGGAUAUGUUCAAUGAAUUAGAUAAGCAGAGGAGAAAUGAACUUCCAGAUGCUAGAGGUGCGUUAUCUUAUUUACGUAGUCUUAAAACUACUGAUUCAGACAUGUAUUGGAGGCACAUUGCAAAUGAGAAUGGUAGGCUGCAACAUUUGUUUUGGGCUGAUGGGCAUAGCCAGAAGGAUUACAAGCUAUUCGGAGAUGUCAUAGCUUUUGAUGCAACUUACAGGAGGAACAAAUAUUUUUGUCCACUGGUGGUCUUCUGUGGUGUCAACCAUCACAAUAGAACAAUAAUUUUUGGUGCUGCAAUAGUUUCUAAUGAAAAGGAAGAAACAUAUGUGUGGGUGCUUAAUCAGUUUCUAGAUGCAAUGAAAGGUAAGAUGCCAUUGUCUGUUAUUACUAACGGUGACAAAGCAAUGAAGAAUGCUAUUAGAAGAGUUUUUCCAACGGCGCAUCAUAGACUGUGUGGCUGGCAUCUGAUUCAGAAUGCAACUAGUAAUGUUUCAAACCCCAGGUUCACUGCUCUGUUUAAGAAUUGUAUGUUGGGUGACCAUGACAUUGCAGAAUUUGAGGCACUAUGGGAGGAGAUGGUUGUGGAGUGUGGAGUUCAAGAUAAUGAAUGGGUGAAAGAAACUUAUGAGAAAAGGUCGAUGUGGGCCACUGCACACAUGCGUGGACAUUUCUUUGCUGGAUUUCGGACGACAUCGCGUGUUGAAGGGUUACAUGCUCAAGUUGGAAGAUAUGUGAAUUUCCGUAAUAAUUUAAGGGAUUUCUUAGAGAACUUUUCACGAUGCUGCAGUUACUUUAGAUUCAAGGAAAUUGAUGAUGACUUCAAAUCUAUUCACGGUAAGCAAGUUUUGCUCACAUAUUUAAAAAGGCUUGAGAAGUCGGCAUCAGAAAUAUACACAAGGCAGAUUUUUUUUAUGUUUCGAAAGUUGCUUGAAAGGGCUUCAACAUUUAGGGUGCGGGGGUACAAGAAGACAACAAUGUGCCAUAUCUAUUUUGUGUUCAUGUACCGCAGGAAAGAAAAGGAAUGGCAUGUCACGUUUUGUCCAUCUACUGAAGAGUUCAAAUGCUCAUGCCUAAGGAUGGAGUCCGUAGGUAUCCCAUGUGAUCAUAUUGUCGCUGUCUUGGUUGAACUAGAUAAGGUUGACCUUCCAGAGAGCCUAAUCUCGGCGAGAUGGACAAAACAUGUCAAAGAUUCUCUUCCAUGCAAUGGUGAUUCUAAUGUUUGGGAUCCAAUGACAGUUUGCAGAAAUGUUGCCUUAAAUGAGAAUUGCAGGCAGAUGAACAAAUUAGCAUGUAGGAACUUCAUGGAUUAUGAAGAGACGAAUGUUGUCAUAAUGGCCCAGAAAAAAAGGCUUGAACAAAGAGCAGCAGCAGCAGCACAAUCCUUGGGUGAGGGUGUUCUUGUUGGGGAAGACAAAGACAGCCACCUUCAAAAUCCUCUUGUAGUUAGAACAAAGGGUUGUGGGAACAAAUCAAAUCAAGCUGGCCAGAAACAGAAAAGAAGCAUUCGCUGUGGUAAUUGUGGGGUGCAGGGUCACAAUCGCAAAACUUGUCCUAACCGUGAACAACAUAAAGUUUUGACACAAGACACUAAUGCUGGUCCGAGUCAGAUUAUGGAAGAAGACAACAGUAUGCGUGAAUGA